GAGAGCGGCACCCCUCAAUAUCCCCCGUUCUCCAGGCAAACUCCCAAGGCCCAGGAAGCGGGGCCGGGAUCCGUGGGGCCGCCAGAGCGCGACGCGGCGAAACGCCGCUUUCCACUCUGCUGACACCUUGGCCCCUAAAGGCGCCCCGCGGGCUUCACCCUUCCCCCGGUCCCUGACCCUUCUCACAGCACGGCCCGCUCGCUCCUCGCAGUCUCCUCCUGCGCCCCGCUUCCGCUGGGCCCGGUCCGCGCGCCCUGCUCCGAGGUCGGCUGUCUCUCGCUCCGCGGAGGUCCCGCGGACUCUGUGGCUCGGCCCCCGCUGCCCGUUGGGCCGGAGGCCCCUCCCCGCCUGGUCGCCGUGUGGAGGUAUUCGGGCGGCCGCCGCGGCUCCUACUUGGUGUGUGCCUUGCCUAGUUUCACUUGAUACUCUUCAGGAAUUAUGUAGAAAAGAAAAACUCACAUGUAAAUCGAUUGGAAUCACCAAAAGGAAUCUAAACAAUUAUGAGGUGGAAUACUUGUGUGACUACAAGGUAGUAAAGGAUAUGGAAUAUUAUCUUGUAAAAUGGAAAGGAUGGCCAGAUUCUACAAACACUUGGGAACCUUUGCAAAAUCUCAAGUGCCCAUUACUACUUCAGCAGUUCUCUAAUGACAAGCAUAAUUAUUUAUCUCAGGUAAACAAAGGCAAAGCACUAUCUCUAAAAGACAAUAACAAGGCUUUGAAACCUGCCAUUGCUGAGUACAUUGUAAAGAAGGCUAAACAAAGGAUAGCUCUGCAGAGAUGGCAAGAUGAACUCAACAGAAGAAAGAAUCAUAAAGGAAUGAUUUUUGUUGAAAAUACUGUUGACUUAGAGGGCCCACCUUCAGACUUCUACUACAUUAAUGAAUACAAACCAGCUCCUGGAAUCAGCUUAGUCAAUGAAGCUACCUUUGGUUGUUCAUGUACAGAUUGCUUCUUUGAGAAAUGUUGUCCUGCUGAAGCUGGAGUUCUUUUGGCUUAUAAUAAAAACCAGCAAAUUAAAAUCCCACCUGGUACCCCCAUUUAUGAAUGCAACUCAAGGUGUCAAUGUGGACCUGAUUGUCUCAAUAGGAUUGUACAAAAAGGCACCCAGUAUUCACUUUGCAUCUUUCGAACUAGCAAUGGUUGUGGCUGGGGUGUAAAAACCCUUGUGAAGAUUAAAAGGAUGAGUUUUGUCAUGGAAUAUGUUGGAGAGGUAAUCACAAGUGAAGAAGCUGAAAGACGGGGGCAGUUAUAUGACAACAAGGGAAUCACAUAUCUCUUUGAUCUGGAUUAUGAAUCUGAUGAAUUCACAGUGGAUGCAGCCCGAUAUGGAAAUGUCUCUCAUUUUGUGAAUCACAGUUGUGACCCAAAUCUUCAGGUUUUCAAUGUUUUCAUUGACAACCUUGACACCCGUCUUCCCCGAAUAGCAUUAUUUUCCACAAGAACCAUAUAUGCUGGAGAAGAGCUCACUUUUGAUUAUCAAAUGAAAGGUUCUGGAGAUAUAUCUUCAGAUUCUCUUGACCACAGCCCAGCCAAAAAGAGGGUCAGAACUGUGUGCAAGUGUGGAGCUGUGACUUGCAGAGGUUACCUCAACUGAAUUUUCAGGAAAUAGAGCUGAUGAUUGUAGUUUUGUUUUUUUCUAACGUUGACAUUUCAAAAAAGUAUUUGGGACUCUUUUCAUAUUAUCAAGACUAUAUGCUUUGUUAAUUUACAGUUCACGUUUCAAACUAUUGGCCAAAUGUAUUACUGAUGCUUCUGAAGAGAAGAACACAGGGUCAUAGACUAAUUUGAAAUACACAUAUUUAGUAAUGAGUUACCAAACAUGAAAACUAUUUACAUAUGAGCAUAUACAUACAUACGAAGUCUGUGGGAAUAAAGAAAUGCCUCCUUUGGUGUUUAAGCAUUGAACUGAUAGUCAACAGUCACUCAGAUCAAAUAUGCAACCUGAGUACACCUUGAAUUUAGAGAAAGGUAAUCCAGUUUGGGCAAAUAUAUACAAGUGUUAUUUCUGUUCUGUUGUCAUUCCCAUUAUUACUUACUGUACUUGUAUUUGAGACAAACAGAUGAUACUGAAUUAUACUAUUUUCCUACUUUCAUGAAAAUAUUGGGUCUUACUGAUAUAGAAAU